AUGCAAGUCUUCCUCCAACUACCCAAAGAGAUACUAUACUUAAUCGUUAGCCACAUUGAGGAUGAGUCUAUAAUCAAUAGCUUGAUUCUUAUUCCAGGUUUACGACAUAUUGCUUUAAAGCAAAAAUAUCCAACAUUUAAAAUAAACAAAAAUAAUCAUUCAAUUGAAACAUUAACGGGGCUUUUUCAAAAGUAUGAGUUUACACCUUCAGUAAUAAUAGGGAAUAUAGAUCAAAUCAAUCAAUUAAUAGAUGAACCUGCGUUUAGAGUAGCUAGAUAUGAAUUAGAGAUUGCAAAGGGUACCAGAUUCAGUGAUUUUGUACCAAUUCUGGAAAAAGCUAGCGUGAUAGGUCUACAUUUGGAUCAAUAUUUGAAACCUUUGGUCAAUUUUUUGGAAAACAAUGAAGUUCAAUCAUUUUUGGAUUAUGUUGGAAGUAAUGAUUUACUAUCUUUAACUAUAUCUCAUUUGAAUAUGUUUAAAUUCCAAAUUCCAAAUUCAUUAAAACGAUUGACUAUUAAGGGAGGUGGAAAUUUUGAAUUAAAUUUUAGUGAUUUACAAAACCUCGAGACUUUCAAUUGCGAAGAUCUCCAACAGAUGAAUUCAUUAGAAAAUUUUCAACUUCCAACAUCAAUUAAAGAUUUAGGACUUGCUUUCUGUGAUUUUAAAAGAUUAGGUAAUUUAUCUAAGUAUAAUAAGCUUAAAAUACUUCACAUAUCUGGCUGUCCUGAAAUUUAUGAUAUUUUUCAAACCGAAUUACCUAUUUCAUUAAGUAUUUUAACUUUUGUUACCAGCUUUCAACCUCAUAGAAUUGACGAGUUGACAGAAGAAGAACUAUUGGAUUUUUCGAUAUUAUUCGAUGAAGAUUCACGGAUCUGUUUGAACUGUUUUCCUUCAAAAUUGAAAAAUUUAAAAAUUUGGGACACUAUGCUGUAUCUAGCAAUAGGAGACAUUGAACUCUCAAGAACACUAGAUUGCUUAGAGUUAAAUGGUAUUGGAAAUAUUGAAUCGUUCAUGUUUUUGACCAGCUUGCAAAAUAAAAUGUCUGAAGUCAUUAUUUCAAAUUGUCAAAUUGUCAGCUCGAACAACUAUGUUUCCUUCCCUGAGCUGAAACUGAUCAAGUUUACAAAAAAUAAAAUUAAUUCUAAUUUUUUCCAAUCAAAUUUGAAAGGCAUGAAAUCAUUAAAAGUGUUGGAUUUUUCAGAUAAUUUUUGGACAGGUUAUGAUGAUCGUUAUUACGAGGAAGGCCUUGAUCCGCUUGACAUUUUAUCUGACACAGGAAGACUUUGUUUUGAAACACCUGAAUUACAAAGCUUAAUCCUAACGUGCCCAGAUUACAAUUAUUAUUGGUUUUCGUAUGAAGUGUUAUUCAAUUGUAAAAAUUUGACAAAAAUAGAAAUGAUAAGUCUACAUAUAGAAGUGUUGUAUCUUGAUAAAUUUCCAACUUCAUUGGAAGAAAUGGUUAUAAGGGAUUUAGAAUUAGAACGAAUUGAUGACAAUUUAUCCAAUUUAAAUAAAUUGAAGAUAUUAGAUUUACAGAAUAAUCAAAUCACUUUUUCAAUGUUAGAAGAUCAAAUAUUACCAUCAAGUUUAGUCUAUAUAAAUUUAUCAAACAAUAAAAUUGAAAAUUUAAGUUGUUUACAUUUAGACAAUUGUGUACAUAUGAAAGAUUUGAUUUUGGAAAAAGUAACUGCAAAUGAUGAACCAGAGGGUGCUAGUCAAUUGUUGCAACUAUUAUCAAUCCCUAAUUCUGACAUUAAAAUCAAUGCAGUAUUAACAAAUUACCAUUCAAAAGUGAUUUUCAAAAUUGUCAAUGGUGUUGAGGAAGAAUCCAUUUUGACAUCAAUUUAUAAGAAAAGAAAAAUUUGUUAG